CAACAAAAAUAAAUACACAUCGAAGAAUCUACAUUUUUUUAAAGAAAUGGGCAUUCAUCCCAGCACGUAGGAUAGUUAGUUCCAAGGUGGUGUCACAAAGAGCAGGCUGGAAACAUAUGUCACAACAUUUUGGCUUAAUAUCUAGCAAAUGCUUACAGAAGACGUGGGCAGUGGUCUGGUUUUGCAUUGUAUGGUCCUUAUGGUUAUGGAGAAAUGGCCAAAUCUUUCAGGAGGAGGCAACUACAAUGGAAAAG